UGUGGUGGUAUACGGCAUAAUAAACAGUGUCCAUGUGUGGGUAUCAUUGAGCGAGUUACAAACAGACAGAUAUGUAGAAACUUUUGAAUUUAACGUCGAUUGUAAUUUUUCAGGAUUAAAUUUCGUAAAAAACGGAGAGACAAUUUAUAAUUUAGCUGACCCGUUUCGCUUACUAUUGCUGUUAUACGAAUGAAAUUGAAUCCAUUCCUACCAAAACAUUUAGGUUGUGCUCCUAUUAUUUGUAAGAAAAUACAUCAAAUUGCAUUAAGUCAAGGUUUGGUGGAAUAUGUAUUAAAUAAUAGUGCAGAGAAUUGCAGUGCACCAACGUUUUUGUUUUGAUUUGGCAUUUCCGUUUUCGUUUAAAGAUAAUCAAUUAUAAAAUGGACUCUUUUGCACAACAAAUGCUCAAUGAAAUCGAUCGUCGUUGUAAAAUAUACCAAUUAUCAAACAGUUCAAUAAGCUUGAAGUAUGAGUGCAAUAAAGAAGAAAAUCAGAAUGAAAGUGACAAUAUUCCAAAAUUGCAAGAAGAAGUUGCAAAGAACGAAUUGAAAGAUGUGGAAUUUCACACAAAGGAAUCAGGAAUCGAAAUGAAAGACCAUAUGAAAACAGAAAUGGUUUAUGCAAAUAGCAAUGUUAUCAGACGUAGUGAAGUGGAGAGCUCAGUCAAAACAAUUUCUGUUCCUUUGGGUCGUAAGCCCGCACUACCUCCAAAACCACCUAAACGUCUCGAAUUAAAAAAUGCGAGACAAAAAGGAUUUGUGCAUAAUGCAUGCGCUGCUAUUUUCGAUAGAAUGUCACCACCAGACAGAAAAGAUCCGGCUGAAAUGUCCCUCAAAGAACGUUUGGCAUUGUUUGAAAAGAAAAACAAAGUCAAUACUUUCAUACCAAAAAUGUCGCAGGAUAUCUCUACAUCAGGUAAACAACUUUGCGCAAGGAAUACCGAAGACCAAAUCAUGGCACCAUUAAUAUCAAGUGCAACGAUCGUGGAAAAUAAAUUUGAAAUGUCAUCAUCAAUAAUGAUUUCUACAAGAACAUAUGAGGAUGAAUCAAAUGGCAAAUCUAAAUCAACUGUGUACGAAUUAACAUCCGAAGUUUGUGAUAAACAAUUGGUUGGUGAUUUGAGAAGCAAAUCAAGAAAAAAACAAACACCAGUAACUGGACAACUGCAAAAUAUCAUGGACGGCACCAGAAGUUCAUUGCCAAAGUCUCGUCCACCGCCUCCCCCGAGCAAAUCCAAUAUGAGCAAUAACGUGAAAGUAUCUAAUCCUCCCAAAAAAGAAGAUUCACAUGUUGAAGUUAAUUGUUCACUAAACAAUAGGAGAAGUGGAGAGACUUGUGCCACAUCAGCUUUGUAUGGUGACUUGACAAGAAUCGUAACAACUAUUGCACCCACAAAAAUGAAACCAGACGAAACGAUUGGUCUAAAUGACCUGCAUCAAAGUGGACCCAAUUGUACCUUACUCAGCGAAUCUAAUCAGUAUCAAACAAAAGAAGAAGACAGGUGGGAUAAGUUUAUUGAAUGUUUAUUAUUUUUCUGCUGCGUUGCAUAAUUGUUGUAUGGGAAAACAAAAGUACAAAUAGUGUAGAAUGUGACCGCUAUCCUAAAAUUUCAUACUCCGUCUGGUAUCUGACCAUUUAUCUUAUCUUAUCUUAUCUUAUGUUGUUUAUGCAUAUAAAACUGGUGUACGUGUAAAAAUAAAAUUAAAAAAUGAAGUCAUAUAUCAUUUCUUACCCAAAAAAAACUAAAGAAUGUAAAUGUCUCAGAUGAAUUUUUUAAUAUCCAUUAGAAAAUUGCGGUAUAAUUUCAAACUAUCUGAUGAUAAUUGUCAAUUAUUUCAUUAUUUAUAUUUUCUGUACAUGUACUUAAUAAAUAAACUUUUGAGGCCUUCACUGUGAUCAA